GCCAUGAUGCCCAGCGGAGUAGCUUCAGCGAAUCCAUACGAGCACUACGACCAGGAUCCCCUCGAAGAUGAUCUUAUUGACCCGGAUGAUGCUGCUCUGGACCUCGAAGACCCUCUCGCAUCAUCCUCUGACCGAGCACCUCUAACAGGCAACAUCCAACAAUCAUCUGCUCGCGCACAAAACACUCAAUCCUACCUCAACAACACAAUCGGCGGCGAGGACCGCAGAGCUCCACAGAAUACCAUUGACGAGAGUGUCUGGGAUACCCUAUCGCGAGACUUACUUGCUAUCUGGGAGAAGAUGCGCCAAGUGCUGUAUCCCAAAUAUCUCCUGGGUGGUCUACUGCAGCGUGGUGGAGGCAUGGGAGGUGCAGAAAGAGCUGAGGGAGACAGUAUGGGCGGCGGUGGUCUGAACGGACUGGUAGGCAGAUGGCCAGAUGCAGACACUGUCCUGCAGAGCGGCAUGAGCGAAGGUCUAAGGGACUGGGAUCUAUGGGGGCCUCUUGUCUUCUGCUUACUGCUCAGUUUCCUCCUUUCGCGCGGCGCACAAGACGAACAGAAGUCCAUAGUCUUUUCUGGAGUAUUCGCUACUGUUUGGAUCGGAGAAGCUGUCGUCACACUCCAAAUCAAGCUUCUAGGAGGCAGCAUUUCAUUCUUCCAGUCGGUAUGCAUUAUUGGGUACACACUGUUCCCACUGGUCAUUGCAUCAACUCUCAGUGCGGCCGGUCUUCCUAUGAUUGCUAGGAUUCCUGUGUACCUUGUGCUGGUCGCAUGGUCACUGGCAGCGGGUGUGAGUAUUCUCGGAGGAUCUGGUGUUGUCAAGAACAGGGUAGGUCUUGCAGUGUUCCCGCUGCUCGUUUUCUACAUCGGCCUGGGAUGCUUGUGCUUUAUCAGUUAG